CGUGCAAAGCUGCGCUCAGUCCUCCUUCUCGUGUGCAGGGAGACACGCGCACUCCGUGUUAGUAGGUGGAAGUAACUUUUAUCCUCCGGAGAAGAGUUAACAAACAACACCUGGGAUAUAAAUCUGGUCGUAAAGCGUCACGAAGAACGAUAACCAUGUCUGCCUCAUCGGCGAAAGUGAGCAGGAAGGAGAAUUCAAAUCACGACGGAGCGGACGAGACCUCUGAAAAAGAGCAACAGGAAGCGAUCGAACACAUCGAUGAAGUACAGAAUGAAAUCGACAGACUGAACGAGCAGGCGAGUGAAGAAAUUUUAAAAGUAGAGCAGAAGUACAACAAAUUACGCCAGCCGUUCUUUCAGAAGCGAUCAGAACUCAUAGCCAAAAUCCCCAACUUCUGGGUCACAACAUUCGUCAACCAUCCACAAGUUUCAGCACUUCUGGGCGAGGAAGAUGAGGAAGCACUUCAUUACUUGUCGAGGGUGGAGGUCACCGAGUUCGAGGACAUCAAGUCUGGAUACAGAAUAGAUUUUUAUUUCGACGAGAACCCGUACUUUGAGAAUAAAGCCCUCUCCAAAGAGUUUAACGUGAACGAGAGCGGGGAUCCUGUUUCCAAAUCAUCUGAAAUCAAAUGGAAAGCCGGAAAGGACCUGACAAAGCGUUCGGGCCAGACGCCGAACAAAGCUGGGAAGAAACGGCAGCACGAGGAGCCCGAAAGCUUCUUCACCUGGUUCACCGAUCACUCAGACGCCGGAGCUGACGAGCUGGGAGAAGUCAUCAAGGACGACAUCUGGCCCAACCCGCUGCAGUACUACCUGGUACCAGACAUGGAGGAUGAGGAAGGAGACGGAGAUGAUGAUGACGAUGAUGAGGAGGGUCUGGAAGAUAUCGACGAGGGGGAGGAAGAGGAGGGUGACGAUGAUGACGAGGAUGGUGAUGGGGAAGACGGAGAGGAUGACGGAGAGGACGAUUAAACUUCUCGGCUUUCACUUUUCCCCUCGUCCUCCCUCUGUGAUCAUCCUACAAACCUCGGGAGCAAAAUAUUUUGUUUGUUUGUUUAUUUUUUUCUGGGUGGGGAGGGGUGGGAUUUGUAUAAAAGUAAUAAAAAAAAAAUCUUGUGUGUCGUUAGCAUGUCCAUCCUUCCACCUCUGCAGCCCUGACGUAUCCAUGACGACAGGCUCCUUACAGCAGCAGGUGUGCGUCGGGGUUGCAGCGGGAGGGGAGGGUGGCCCUUCGAAGUCUCACCUGUCAUCGUUUCCCUACAUCUCCCAAAGACAUGCAAAAGAAUAAAAAAAACUUUGUAGCAUUCUGCACGUCAUCCUACGUAGAUUUAAAAUACGUACAAUAGCAAUUUAUAUGUCGGAUAUGAAUUCUGUUGAAGUUGUGAGUUGAAUAAAAAUAAGCCAUGGUGCAGUGAUAACUUAAUCAUAGCAUCCUAAGCCACUUUUAUAUAUAUAAAUAUAUAUGUGUAUAUUAUAAUAUAUCCAGUGGUGGGUGGGACUAAGGCUUAUUACUAGAAGUUGCAUUUUCCUUUGUGACUUGUUGUACUAAUGGAACUGAUUGAAAGCACCAGCUUGUUCCUUUCAACUGUUGUAAAUGUUUUUGGGAUCUUGUUGGGACGGGUGUUAUUGUACACAGUUUGAAGGCAGGGGUAGGGUGGGGAGGUGCGGGAUGGGGGGGCAGCAGCAGGGCUUUGACAACAACUCUGGACGUCUGUUUAAGAUUUUUCUUUUUUUGUGUUUUUCAAGCACCCACAGAAAACGUUUGAAUUGUACAUUUUUUUUUUUAUAUAAACCGUAAAAAAAAACCUUUUGAGCUUGGCUUAACAUUUUGAAGAUGAGAGAUGAGAAGUUUUCUGCGGAGUCGUCUCUGUGGCGUCUGCAGCGCUUCUCCUGUUCUGCUGGAAACCUGUUGGCGUUAAAUUAAGUGUAUCAGUUGCUUUGUUACAAUAAAUAAAUGAAAACAUGA